AUGCGAGCUCAUCGUGCAGCUCGUCGUGCUGGAGAAGAAGUACCAUUUGCCCAGGAUCUCGACGCCUAUCUUGAACAGCAAAUGGAGCAAGACAUACCCCCGUCUGUUCAAGGACAGGCAAGCCAGGUCCCAUCUACACCAGACCCGCUGACUGCCCUGCUUACAGAUGUUUCCUCGACUCCUGAUCCCCUUACUUUUAUUGGAGGUGACCCAAUCAGUCCUACAUUACGUAGAACAACUACUGGUGAUUCUAGCAUACCAUUUGAGGAUCAACACAAAUUUUGUGUUGGUUGUCAACAAGAUAUACCCAUAUCAGCUUUCUAUGAUGAUAAAUCCUGUGAGCACCCCCACUGCAACCCAUGUCGUGCCAUCUCUACAGGCCUUACUGAGACUGACCCUUCCUAUGUUCCUAAGAGUAGUAAUGUUCGUUCCGACAAUGCAUCAUUAACGUCUCCCUCGGCUCAGAAACCCGAACAGGACCCUUCUUAUACUCCAGGAGACCUGGACAGCCUUCUCCGACCUGCACUUACCGAAACCGAUUGGGAUUAUGUCAAGAGCUUUCAUAAGUCUCUAGACCAGCAACGAUUGGAGUACUGUCAGCGGUGUCGUGAAAGAUGGUUCAAUUUACGUCUAAACUCGCAAGGUAUCUGUGGUCGAUGUGUCCGUGCUGACAAAAACAAAGAUGUUCAUUUAUUUGGCGCUGGAAAUAACAUGUACCCUGGUAACAUGCCAGACCUACCGGAGUUAUCACAGACUGAAGAAAUGCUCAUUGCUCGUGUCCAUGUAUCUGUACAGGUGCGAAGAGUCCGGGGUCAACAGUACAAGUACAGUGGACACGUUGUCAACUUUUUACGAGAUACCGCACGGGUUUAUGACACUCUACCUUUACUUCCUCGUGACUUGGAAAUCAUUCUUCUUCGUCCAGCUAAUGCUGAUGCUGAUCCUAGGCUCCAACGCCAAUAUGUGAAUGAUUUUCGCGUACGAAAAGAGCAUAUCAUUAAGUGGCUAGCAUUUCUGCGGAUAAGUCAUCCCGGUUAUCGUGACAUCGAAAUAUCACAACAAGUUAUCGAUAUUCUUCCACAAGACAGCAGCGUUGCUGAUCAAAUUAUCAAUGAGACAACCGAGCCUAUCGAAAUCGACGCAAGUGGCAUCUCCGAGGAGAUUGAGCUUCCUGAACAUAGUGUUGUUCCUGACCUCAUUGCUCAAGAGGAUGAGAUGACAGCUAUCCGCCAGCAAUUACGUCCUCAACUUCCACAGCAAAGACACAUAGAGAUGCCGCCAUUCCGAUCAACACCCAUUGCUGAGUUUACAAGAACACAACCACUGCUUUCCUGGGCCUUCCCAACGUUGUUCCCUCGUGGCGAGGCUGAGUUCAUCCUUCCUCGUCAAAGGUCUGUCAGAUUUGAUGAUUAUGUCAAACAUCUGAUGAAAUUCGAUGACGGCCGAUUUGCUCGCCACCCCAGAUUUCGUUAUGUUGUUUUUAAUACGAUGAUGCGUCAGCAGGCUAAUAAGAAGGCGGGGUUCUUUGUUAAGCAAAGAAUAGCUGGAGGACAAGAGGUCACAGCAGAGCAACUUCGUGCUGCGUUUGAGGAAGAUACUCCAGAAGGUGAAGCAUUAGUUAACUCUAUUUCUCGUCGUUCAGGAAUGCUUCGUGGCACGCGUCCUUUCUGGACGAAUAAGCUCCAACAGCUCAAAGCUAUGGUUCAUAAUAUUGGGCCAGCUCAUCUCUUUCUAACGUUAUCGGCUGCGGACUUACACUGGGAUGAUUUGAUGUGGCAUAUGCCUCGAUACCAGGAAUGGCUACAAGGCACAGCAUCAGAACGCAUUCAAAUCUCACGUCAGAAUUUACGCGACACCCCACACAUUGUGGCGAACUGGUUCCAUAUUCGGUUUGCUACAUUCCGCAAGGAGAUCUUGGAUAAGAAAUUCAAAGUGGUUGAUCAUUGGUAUAGAUAUGAAUGGCAAGGACGCGGAUCUGUUCAUGUUCAUAGCCUAUACUGGCUCGAUGGUGCUCCUCCGUCAGAAAUCGCACGUCUGUCUGAAUCGCUUCGACAAGCAUUCACUGAUUUCUGGAGUGGAUAUAUCUCAGCACUCAAUCCUCAACCAGGUGUUAUGGUUAAUGUAGGGAAUGAGCGAUCUCCUCUCCAACUUGCGUUCUCUGACCAACACAAAACUGUUCAAUAUCUUUCGCAGAUAUCUAACAGUGUUUAA